UCGAUACAACACAUCACGCCUUGUUUCACGAGUGUAUUCUUCAACUAAUAGUUCCUGUUCAAUUGACGACAUCCAAUCUCACGACUCAAUAUUUAUGAAGUUCGAGUACGAUGAGCUCGCUCAGCCUGAUCGCGAGAUCCGCGUAGCUGUCCUAGAGCCAGGCUCCUUCGAAGAUCCGAUCGUCGUACGAUUCAUUCUGCGAAUACUCGAGGACGAUGCGCCCGUCUACCAAGCCCUUUCAUACGUCUGGGGCUCGAACGACAACCCCUCACAUGUUUAUGUGAAGGCACCAAGACACUCGGGAACCGUCUCGAUCACAAACAACCUGGACAGUGCACUCCGGUAUCUGCGAAGCGAGAAGAAACUACGAUCUUUAUGGAUAGACGCACUGUGCAUCAACCAAGCAAGUACUGAGGAGAAAGAUAUCCAAGUGAUGAAUAUGGGCAAGGUCUACAAGGCAGCGCGUAGUGUGAUAGCAUGGCUUGGCCCCAAAGAUGAUAAUAGCGACGAGGGAAUAAGACUGUUCAAGGACCUAGGAAGCAAUGUGGACGUAGACUGGAUCACAAAGUGCCCAAGCCUACGCUCUCGGAAAGGUAAACAAGCGCUUACUCGUAGAGAGGAGCGGGAGAGGUCACUGAUCCUUCAAAUGGUGGAAGGCGGUCCGAUUCCCUGGACGGCUGAGCAGUGUAGUUCAGCAUACCCCGUGCUUUCAAAGCCUUACUUUCGAAGAGCUUGGAUAUUACAAGAGGUCAAGCUUGCAAGGCGCGUUGUGUUCCAUUGUGGCUAUGCGAUGCUUCCUGAAAAUACCCUUUGGAAGGCUGCUAUCUUGUUGUGGAGAAGUGACGGGCCGCAGGCUACAAUAUGUGAUCCAGAGGAGUGGUCCAGAACCUUGAAGCCGCUUUGGCGUCUUGCAAUCAUCAAAACGGCGGCAAAUGACAUUUACAUGUCUAUUCUCACUGUCCCAUUCUCUCUUGGCCACCUCGAAUGUGGUAAUCCCCGCGACAAGAUAUACUCGUUCCUAGGUAUAAUGGACGCAUCAAGUCAAGAAUUGCAGAUCGUGCCCACUUACUCGGAAACAACUCAGAGCGUAUACAGGGGCGUUGCCCAACGCGUGUACACCAAGAUGUUGACUCUGGACUUGAUGCAGGACUGUGAGCUCGCACGAAUUAAAUUGGACAUCCCAUCCUGGGUACCGGAUUGGUCAACACCCGUAAAAGUGCACUGGAAUGUUAUCAAAUGGAGUGCCUGCGCAUGGAUUGCUACUCAACCAAGCUUCGACGAGUCGGGGUUGCGCUGCACCGUGUCUGGCAUAUCGAUAGGAAGCGUUGUAGAAGUGGGAGGGCUAGCUCCGGAUUCAUGGAGCUGGCGUGAUGUAUGUCUUAUGCUCCAGGCAUUGCGACCAGCUGUAGAGAGUCUGGAAAGUAAAUACAUCACAGGUGAAACUGUGCUAGAAGUAUAUUGUCGUAUCCUCGCAGGUGAUACUCUACUACACAGUGGAACAUCACCAGAGACGAUAUUGCCUGAAUUUGAGCAGGAUUUAGAGGCAUUACGAUUAGUGUGGUCCAAGGAUUUCAGUGAUGGUGGCGAGGAUCAGUGGUUUGACCUGCCUGAAACAUCGCAACUCUACUUCGAAACGGUAUACACCGCCCUCCAAGGCCGCCGGCUCUUCAAAACUCAAACCGGCCAUCUUGGGCUCUCAACUACUGGAACGCAAAUCGGCGACAUCCUCUGCGUCCUGUUGGGCGCUCAACGCCCCGUUAUCUUGCGCCCCGCCGCCGAUAACACGUACUUGGUCGUAGGCAGCUGCUACGCACACGGCUUAAUGAACGGAGAGGCCAUAUAUCACAAUAGCUACACAGCGGAACGGAAUCUGAGGAUUGUAGAACGGAAUGGCUUCCCAGAUCUGGUUGACUGCGGCGAUGGGAUGCGCUAUUCUAACGCUGGCGAGAUGCUCGAGAAGGCGGGAAUCAAAAUCAAAGGGAACCACCCCAGCCCAAGGGCGCGAGUCCCUCAUAUUUAUAUUGUUCCUCCAGACACUCUAAAGGCUGUUGGCGUACAAGUCAAGGACAUCAUUUUGGUGUGAGAAUGCUUGUGUGCCGCAGUUGGCAACUGUUAGGAUUAUGAAUAAAGCUAGGAGAUUUUAAGGACGCCUUAGCAAACCCCUUUGAAUGAUGCAAAGCAUUAAUAUACUUCUAGACUCGAUAACUUGCUACUUGGACUAUAAAAAAAGUUAUAUAUAUCAUAAACUAGAUAUAUAGUAAGAAUAAGUCUUAGUAUCAGGCCUUAGUACCGAGCCACUGAGCCAGCAAGCCAAGAAGAUAUCACGUCUCACACGAUCGUGAGUCCUCCCUCGGUAUAGUAUGAGAUGGGACUUAACACUUACCUUUAGUAUAGCUGAACUUAUUACUUGGUUUUAUAACAGAUGGGCAAAUACAGAAUGUACGCUUACAACUUAAACUUUAAAUGUAGUUUGUAAUACAAAAGUGUG